AGAUUGUGUCCAGCGAGAAGACAUAUCUAUCUCAUCACAGUCCCAUAUAGGUGAAGCCUGGAGUGAUGGGCUGAAGCUGAUUCAUUGGUGCUCUGACCAAGCACCCAGUGAGCUUUCAUUUUCCUAAUCUGACGAGACUGCCCCUCAUCUUGUCUUCAAAUCACAAGCUGGUCCCGGUGGUCCCUUUAUAUGGAGCCCCACCUUUCGAGUUCCGACACGAUCUACAAUCAUAACUAGCCAUAACUAGUUCCAACUCCAGAGGGUGAGGAGCGGCAGCCCUCAAUUAGCAGCGAGCUGAGUAAUGGAGUUCGACCUGGAGAACCCGCUCACCAGCUCCGAUUCGGAACUAGACUCUGUGUCGGCCCUCUUCUCCGCUGAGUCGGAUCACAUGAGCUCACUCACCACAGCACUCGACCUUCACUCCCGCCGCCAAGCCAUCUCUCUUAUCCUCCAGGUCCAGGCGCAGUGCGCGUGCAAUGUGGACCCUUUCAUGGCCUAUCUUGCAAUCAACUACGUCGACCGGUACCUCGCUCGCCAUGAAAUCCCGAGAGAAAAGCCUUGGGCCGCAUGGCUCCUCGCAGCUUCCUCGCUAUCGCUCGCUUCCAAAAUGAAGAAAUCCGAGUUCUCAUUUCCUGAUUUCCAGAUGGAAGAGGGGUUCAUUUUCGAUGAGCAAACGAUUCAUCGGAUGGAGCUCUUGGUCCUCGGAGCUCUCGAUUGGCGGGUGCGAUCCAUUACGCCGUUCUCUUUCCUUCGAUUCUUUCUAUCCUUGUUUUCCCCAGCGCAUCCCCCGCUGAUCCACGCCCUCAAAGACAGAGCUUUGCGCAUUCUCCUCAAAGCCCAGAUUGAGAUUAAGAUGCUGGAGUUCAAGCCAUCACUGAUUGCCGCCUCAGCGCUUAUCUCCGCAGCCGGCGAGCUCUUUCCUAUCCAAUCACCGGCCUUCAGCACCGCCAUCUUCUCCUCUGAUUUCGUAAAUCAAGAGAAACUCAAAGACUGCUGCCUCGUGAUGAGGGAGAUGCUGGAGAUGAUGACGAUGGACGGCUGUGAUCGGGCUCUCAAGAUGGUAUCCAGCUGCAGUACCCCUGCCACCGUGCUUGGCGGGGCCUGCCCAAGCUCCGACAGCGAAAGGACCGUCGGAUCCUCAAUGAACGGCCGGGAUGUGUAUAAGGAUCCAAUUGAGGAAACCCCACCACCUUCCAGCUUUUUCUGCCCUUAGAUUAAUCAAGAGUAUCUAUAUUUUAUAGAAAUU